GCCGGCCGGAAGUGGGGUUUCUUGGCUUCCGGGUGAGUGAGCCCAAGCUCACCGACUUAGCUCCGGACCCGCCGCGCCGAGGCACUUUCCUACAUUUUGUGAAGGGGAAUCUCCUUGCAGCAGAGAGCCCUCUUCACGGACCCCUCCCCUCGCCCCCAGCUGAGAGAAAAUGGCUACAGAUCUUAUCCAAGAUGGACAACGGGAAGGACCUGAGAUGGUAAAGGUGGAGGAAGAUCACUUUUACGUACAAGAAACUGACUUGCAGCUGAACAGCCAGUCCAAUCAGAUCUUCCACCAGCGCUUCAGGCUCUUCCCUUCCCAGGAGACGCCUGGACCCCGCGAGGCGCUGCGCCGGCUCCGCGAGCUGUGCCGCCAGUGGCUGAGCCCAGAAACGCACAGCAAGGAGCAGAUCCUGGAGCUGCUGGUGCUGGAGCAGUUCCUGACCAUCCUGCCCGAGGAGCUCCAGGCCUGGGUGCGGGAGCACCACCCGGAGAGCGGGGAGGAGGUGGUGACCGUGCUGGAGGAUCUGGAGCGGUUGCUGGACGAGCCCGGAGAGCAGAUGUUUAAAAUUUUCCAUAACAAAAAGUUUGGAAAGAAAGUGACAUUGGAACGAUCCAUGUCCUAGUUUAGAUAGUGAGACCAAGCCCAAGGCUGGGACAUUGGCCGGGAGGCAGGAAGUGUCCAAAGGAAUGGAAUCAACAGAAGAUGAUACUCUGUGGAAUCUGCAGAGGCAGGACCAGUUUCCAGGGGACCCAUCUUGGAGACCUUCAUGAAUGCAAGGACAGGUCUGGCAGGCAUCAAGGAAAUUCAGAGGAAGGAGAGCCACACAGAUGUGAUCAGUGUGGGAAAAGCUUCAUGUGCAGCAUCAGUCUUCUUGGAUGUCAGAGAAUCCACGCGGGGAACAAGCCAUUUCAAUGUGAAGAGUGUGGGAGAGCCUUCAGUCAAAACAAAGCUUUUUAAGUGCCCCCUGAUUCACAUGGGUGAAAAACGAUAUUAGUGUGACCAGUGUGGGAAAAGUUUUAGUCAAGACUCAGUCCUUCUUAGAUGUCAGAGAAAUCACACUGGGGAGGAAGCUUAUGAGGAGCGAACGUGGUAAAACCUUCAGUAACAGCACAGGACUCGCUCAUUGGAGAUGCCGUUCCUUAAACCAGCACACUGACUGUGGGAGGGUUUUCAGUGAGUUCAAACCUCCCCAAACAUGAGCGAGUUCAUAUAGGAGAAAAACCCUAGGAAUGUGAUGAAUGUGGGAAAGUCUUUAGUGGAAGUUCUGACCUGAACAGACAUCACAGAAUCCACACUGGAGAGAAACCUGAUGAACGUGGGAAGGCCUUCCGUUUGAUCAUGUGGCAAUUCUAUUAAUUUUUUUUUGAGGAACCUCCAUACUGUUUUCCACAGUGGUGGUACCAAUUUACAUGCCCACUGGUAGCGUACAGGAUUCCUCUUUCUCCACAUCCUCAUCAACACUUGUUAUUUCUUGAUUUCUUGUCUUUUUUAUUUUAGCCAUUCUGACAGGUGUGAAGUGAUACUGUGGUUUUGAUUCGCAUUUUCCUGAUGAUUUGUGAUGUUGAGCAUCUUUUCACGUGUCUGUUAGCCAUCUGAAUGUCUUCCAUGGAAAAGUGUCUAUUCAGGUCCUGUGCCCAUUUUUUAAUCGGAUUAUUUGGGCCUUUUUGGUGCUGAGUUAUAGAAAUUCCUUAUACAUUUUGUAUGUUAACCCUUUAUUGGAUAUAUCAUUUGCAAAUAUCUUCUCCCAUUCGGUAGAUUGCCUUGUUAUUUUGUUGAUGCUUUCCUUUGCUGUGCAAAAGCUGUUUAUUUUGGUGUAGUCUAAAUAGUUUAAUUUUGCUUUUGUUUCCCUUGCCAGAGGAGACAUAUCCAGAAAAAUGAUUCUCCGGUCAAUGUCAAAGAAAUUACUGCCUAUGUUUUCUCCUAGGAGUUUUAUGGUUUUAGGUCUCACAUUUAGGUCUUUAAUCUGUUAGUUUAUUUUUGUGUAUGGUGUAAGAAAGUGGUCCAGUUCCAUUCUUUUGCAUGUAGCUAUUCAGUUUUCCAAGCACCAUUCAUUGAAGAGACUGUCUUUUACCCCAUUGGAUAUUCUUAACUCCUUUGUCGAAGAUUAAUUGACCACAUACGUGUGGGUUUAUAUGUGGGUUUUCCAUUCUGUUCCAUUGAUCAGUGUGUCUGUUUUUGUGCCAGUACCACACUGUUCUGAUUAUGACAGCUUUAUAGUAUAUCUUGAAAUCUGGAUUGUAAUACCUCCAGCUUUGUUCUUUUUCAAGAUUGCUUUGAUUAUUCAAGGUCUUGUGGUUCCAUACAAAUUUUAGUAUUAUUUGUUCUAGUUCUGUGAAAAAUGUUUUUAGUAUUUUGUUAGAGAUUGCAUUUAAUCAGUAGAUUGCAUUGGGUAGUGUGCAUGUUUUAACAAUAUUGGUUCUUGCAGUUAAUGAGCAUGGAAUAUCUUUGUUUCUGUUAUCUCCAACUUUUUCUAUUAUUCAUAAUAUACUAUGAAUCCAUUUUUAACAAGGAUUUAAUCAUUGGGGUUAUGAUUGCAUAAGAAAUACCUAAUGACCUGUCAUAUUAACAAAAUUUGAAUGUUUAAGAACAUACAGUCUGGGAGGCUAUGUGAAAACAGGCACUCUCAGAGUGCAAAGUAAUACAGCCCUUACAAAGACA